GCUAGUGCUGAGGUAAAUUUCGUUAUGCGCACAACCGCACGCUCGAAACACUCGCAUUUGGAAGAGGUUAUAAAUAGAACGUGAUUUUGAGAACGUUACAUAAGUCAAGUGAAACGGUUGUUACUUUUUUAGUUUUGCAGAGAAAGUUCCAAAGAUUCACUAGAGCAUCACCAUGUUGAAACUUACGAGAUGGGGUUCAGAUACUACGACAAAACUUAUUGAUUAUUAUGGAGAACACGAAAACUUGUGGAACCCAAAUUCGCCUCUAUACAAAAACAACAUUUACAGAAUAGAAACUUACAAAAAAAUUAUUAAAAUGUUAGGCGUCGAUAUGACAGUUCAUGAUAUCAGAAUUAAAAUUAAGAAUCUUAGAUCUGUUUAUCAUGUUGAAUUGAGGAAAAUUAAGAAUUCGAAAAUGACGGCUCAAACUGAAAAAGAUUAUUACAGACCAAGGUUACCUUGGUUUGAAAAAAUGUAUUCAUUUCUUGGAGAUUUAACAGAAUCGGGGGAUAAUGAAACAAAUGAAAUGGAAUCGUCAAUUUUAAACACCAAUUCCAAUUCAUCUUUGAAUCAAGAUCCUCUAGAAUGCGUUUAUACGGAUACAAUAAAUGCUCUGACGAAGAUCGAAUCGAUGUCUGAGAGCGAUUAUGAGAAUCAGGAUAUUUUAGUGGAAGGACCAACAUCUCCAAAUUCAAGUUAUUUGAAGAUAAGUGAGGUACACAGUGAAUUUUCCAAUUCAGAAAACACAGUUUAUUUAAAUAACACUCAGCCAAGUGUUUCUGCAAGAACCUCGGGAACCAGCAUCCCAAAACAACCAACGUUAGACAAUGAUAAUAAUGCGAAACCUAUAAAAAGGAAGAGAAAAUCGGAAAAUACAAUUGAAGUGGAUAAUUUGUGUAAAGCUAUUAAAUUAUUAGAUAACAUAAGUAGUUCUUUAAGUUUAUCGAUGCAGCAGAAUUUGAAAAGGACUGAGAAUGAAUUUGAUCUUUUUGGACAAUAUAUUUCAGUGUUAUUAAAGCAACUACCUCCACGCCAAGCUUGUGAAAUGCAACUUAAAAUACAAACUUUGUUGACUGAGGCUAGACUAGAAUUAAUAAAUAGUGAAAAAUAG